CCGUGCUGCGACUUGAUAAUGGCAGUGAAGAUGAAGUUUUCCUUUAUCUUGCUUCUUUUAUUAGAUUUCCCUCAUCUCAAUGGGCAAGAGAGGAUCAAGGAGUUUGAAGCCAUUCUGCUAAGACUCAAAUUCCCUUCAGUUUACAACAGUGACAUCAAGUCCUGCUGCAAACUCGAAAACAAAAGGAUUUGUUUCCCGCUGCUGGACAGCACCGGGUACACCUACGAGCUGCUGAGAGGAAGAGUGACCAAAACAGAGGGGGACGGCUGGAUCGAGUUCAAAAUAUUAAACGUUACGUUAGAGGAUGCAGGAUACUACAGAUGCUCUCUGCUGGAAAAACCAGACAUAAUUUUCAUCUACAUGUUUCUCGUGUUCACAGAAUCCUCAAUUCCCCACAGUUCGUCUCAGCCUCCCCUGACAACAACCAUCAAAACCAUCAGCAACGCCGACAGUCCCAGCAUGCCCUGGAGUUUUGGCCUGCCCCUAUUGGUCGUUGUGUCCAUUACAGUGAUGAUUGUGAUCACUUUGGUUAUUAUGGGUGUAGUUUGCUACAGAAAGAAGGCAAAACCUGAACAGCCAGUGGCAGAGGCAGAGAUGGCGCAGACUCAGACGGUCUACACUGAAGCUACACCUGAACAGCUGGAACAGCUGCAGCAGCAGGGCAUCCACUGUGAUGUCAUCACCUUCACUGAUGGAUAGACGGCUUCUUAAAACUACUGGGACUCAAACCUGCAUCGCCCAGGACCAAUACAAACCACUAUGAGCUGACAAGUACCGUGCAGUGACCUCAACUUAUUUAUGCAUCCAGCUGGCUGUGAACUAAAGCAUCGUGUCCUCCACGGUCUCAUCUGCUCGGGGGUGUUUGCACUGUUUAGUAAGAUCAACAGCUUUUUGUAAAUUCAGAUUAUUGCACCCAGCGCUUCUAACUUAAUCAUAGUGGCUGUGCAUUUAGGAGCGGGAUUGUAAUUAUAAAAAUGUAUUUGUGUUUAUGUGCCUCAACUGCUUCGAUUUGCAAGACAAUGUUAUCAAAGAAAAUGAAACAGCUUAUAUCGUGUGUUUGGAAAUAUACAGAGUAUCCAAAUGAACAUUUUAGUUUUCAGAUUGAGAAAAUGAAAAGGGGAGCGUUUAUUGUUUAUCUGUAAUAAGACCUGUUGAUUGCUAGAAUGCCACAACCUCUGUUCUGUAAAGAGCGAUUUGUUUUGA